AUGACAGAAGCUGAGGCAGCAGAGCGUGACGCCAAUGAUAGAGAGCAGGUUGCUGCUCAGGAGGCACACCAGGAGGCUAAUAUAGCCCUUGAAGCUUCAUUGAUAACAGGGCUAAUACCCCUCGCAGGGCCUCCUGCUCCUGCUUAUUCUCCUCCUCCUCCUCCUCCGUCUACAGCUCCUGUUAACGUGGAGAGCGUCCUUAAUACCCCUCCUCGUGGAUCUGCUGCCGGCGCUGUCACCAUCGCCACCACCACCACAACGGUUGAUCGGUCCUUCCCAACUCCUGACGAUGAAGAAAAAGAAGAAGAGGAAGAAGAAGCUCUAGAUGAGGCAUUUAUACCCCCUCUCUCAACGGCGCCAGCAGUGAUGACGCAAUCGAGAGCUGGCCGCAAGAGAGCGCCCACAAUGAAAGCAUUAGAGGCCGAAAAGGCGCCAAAACGGGGUACAGGGCAGGGCAAGGGCAGGGGCAGGGGCAGAGCAGGCAGAGAGGCAGAGCGAUAG